AUUGUCACGCUGGCGAUCCUCCGGACCGCGUAUCAGCCAAUCAGCGCUCACCCUCACUUUCUAUAUAUUCCAAAAACCAGUCCAUUUGCUUUCGUCUCGUUCUCUUUCUCUGCGACUCUGCGAAACCUAAAAUCUAGGGUUAGGGUUUGUGAUAUAGAUUAACAGCGAAGAUGAGUUCUGGGGGUUCUACCAAGGGUGGGCGGGGCAAGCCCAAGGCGACGAAGUCGGUGUCGCGAUCUCACAAGGCGGGUCUGCAGUUCCCUGUGGGGAGGAUCGCUAGGUUCCUCAAGGCUGGCAAGUACGCCGAGCGAGUUGGUGCUGGAGCGCCUGUCUAUCUCUCGGCUGUUCUCGAGUAUCUCGCUGCUGAGGUUUUGGAGUUGGCUGGGAAUGCGGCAAGGGACAACAAGAAGAAUAGAAUAGUUCCAAGGCACAUACAGCUUGCAGUCAGGAAUGAUGAGGAGCUGAGCAAGCUUUUGGGAUCUGUAACCAUAGCAAACGGAGGUGUUUUGCCAAACAUUCAUCAAACUCUUUUGCCCAAAAAGGCUGGCAAGGACAAGGGCGAGAUUGGAUCUGCUUCCCAGGAGUUCUAGGCUUUCUGGGUUUCAUCUUUUAUCAAGUUUUCAGAUGUGUAACAUACCUGUUCUUUUUGUACUUUAGUUAUGGUAACUGAAAUUUCAUGUUAUACUCUUUUUGAGGUUCAAACAGUAUUAUGACAUUUUGGUUUGUCAAUCAAUGCCUUUUGAAUCUUUGGUUGCAA